GAGAGUAGGCAGGCAGAUGGGAUGGGGUGCAGGGCUUGUUUGUGCCUGUGCGUGCGGGGUGCUCACGUCUCCGGCCUCGGGCGUUGCCGUUGCUCCUCGCGAGCGCGCUGCCGCCGAUGACAUGUGAACACGUCGCCAUCCCCGCCCCGCAGCACGGAACCAGAAAAAGGAAGCUUUGGCGCCGCGCUCCUGCUGGCGACUCCCCUGAGCCCCAACAAAACCCAGGCAAAAUCGAAACCGUCGCCACCCAAAUCACACCCAAACCCUCGAGCCGCUUCCCAAUCCCCAGCUCCCUACUGCCCCUCUUCCCCCGAUGGCCGACGCCGCCUUUCCCUCUCCCGCGAUGUUGCCGCCGUCCGAUUCCGACCUGCUCCUGCCGCCCACCGACGCCCCGACCCCCGAAGCCGCCGCCAGGACCCCCAACCUCCCCGACACCCCCGCCUCCGCCGCGGAUCCAGAGACCCCCUUCUCCGACGCCAACACCGCCUCCGACGCCGACGUUUCCGCCGUCGCCCCGCUCUACGCGGCGGCCGUGGAUGACGCCGAGGACGACGGGAUCAACGACCCCUCGGGCGCCGCCAGGAAGCACAUGACCCUCGCGCCCCCGGCUCCGCCAACCAAGAAGUCCAAGAAGAAGGGCGGCAACUGCGUCUGGACCAGGCCCAACUCCCGCAAGGGGAAGAAGAAGGCCAAGCCGCCCGGCCACGCCGUCGCCGGCGGCGCCGGCGCCAGCGGAGCCGGCCGCCCCAGGCCCUCCUGUGGCGAGGACGAGUUCCUCCUCACCCCGGCACCCCGCCUCGCGGCCGAACGCAACGACGACGGGCCCGAACUGCCUGUGCUCCUCUCGCGUGUCUACAAGUCCGAGAAGAUCGAGGUCUCGGAGGAUCGCCUAACCGCAGGCAGCACCAAGGGCUACCGCAUGAUACGUGCCACCCGUGGCAUUGCAUCCGGUGCUUGGUAUUUUGAGGUCAAGGUCAUGCACCUUGGUAGCUCCGGCGCCACCCGUCUCGGCUGGGCCACCAACAAGGCUGACAUCCAGACACCUGUGGGUUGCGACAGCUUUGGUUUCAGUUACCGCAGCGUUGAUGGCUCCAAGGUGUACAAGGCCUGGAGGGACAAGUACGCCAAUGAAGGGUAUGGUGAAGGAGAUGUCCUAGGCUUCUACAUUUCUCUGCCUCAGGGCGAGCUGUAUGAGCCCAAACAACCUGACCUGGUUAAGUACAAGGGGAUGCCUUUCCAUGCACAAGGUCUCAAGGAUGAGAAAAAGACGCCGGAUCCAGUUCCUGGAAGUGAGAUAGUUUACUUCAAGAACGGGGUAUGCCAAGGCACGGCCUUUGAGGAUAUUCCUGGAGGGCGCUACUACCCAGCUGCAUCAAUGUACUCACUGCCUGAUGAGCCAAAUUGUGAGGUCAGGUUCAACUUUGGGCCUGAUUUCACGUUCUUCCCUGAAGACUUCGCAGACCGUCCUGUCCCUCGGCCAAUGAGCGAGGUACCUUACCAGGCAUAUGAGCUGAAGAAUGAGGGACCUGCUGAAAAUGGUAAUGCUGAAAAGGCUGGUUAGUGUAGUUAUCUUGCUGUUUUCAUUAUUCUGUCAAACAUACCCGUGGAGUCCACUAGCUAAUUUAUUUAGUGCUAUGGCGAAGCUUACUGACGAACUUACCUUAUCCUAGUUAAAAUGCAGCAAACUGGCUGACGGCUGCUGCUUGUUUCUUGAUUAUUAUGGCGAAGCUUACUGAUCAUAUUUUAUUGCAUCCUAAUUAAUUAAAUUACAGCAGACAUGUUGAUGGCUGUAGCGUGUUUAUUAAUUGCAUUGCGAAGUUUA